AUUACUUCGAUAAAUUUUUUAACAACAAUAACGAUUUUUAUUUUAUUAUUUUAUUAAAUUCAAGUAGAAAAAAAAUUGAAAAAAUGGUCUUCAAGUGUUCAAUUAAAACUUGCAGAGAAAGCACUCAUAACACGGAAAACAUAAAAAUGCAUUGUAUACCUAGAUCAUUAUGUAUGAUGGAGAAAUGGGUGAAAGCUAUUCGUCAACACCAACCAGACUUUAAUGCUACAGCUCACUCCAAAAUAUGUAGCAUGCAUUUUUUAGAGUCAGAUUAUAAUUUAAGUUUGGUUAACAACCAAAAAGUUUUAAAAAAAACUGCCAUACUCAGCUUUUUUAUGAACUUUUCAUCUAUGAUUGAAGUCAUUGACGUUUAUGAAGAUAACAUGAUUCAUAAUAUACCAUCUACUAGUUCAAUGUCUCCAAAGUUUUGUUCUUCAACUACUCAAGAACUUACCAUAGAUACACAGUUAUUUGAGAAACAUUUGCCAAGUAAACCUGCUCUAGACUCCACAUUAAAGUUGUCUCAAAACAUAUCAAAAGUCAACAUUGCAAAUGAAAAAUUGCCACCUCCUGCUGUUGAGUUAACUCCUUCAUUUAUAACUCCUCCUCAACCAAGGAAACGUAAGUACUAUGUUGGAGAUUUCAAAAGUGUGGAUGACUUAGAAAGUCCAAAUAGUCGACGGAAAUUAUUUAUUGCUGCUAAAAAGUCCAAUGAAAAACAUGUAUCUACUAUAAAGAAAUUAAGGAUACAAAAUUAUAGUUUACAGCAAAACAUUUCAAAUUUUGAACAGCUGAUUGAUUAUCUAAAAAGUGAAAGUAAAAUUAAUGAAAAUUGCUUUUCAUUUCUGAAGGUAAGAUUAAAAGUAUUGGUAUUUAUACUAUAAUGUGUAUGGUAAUUGGUAACAGGUAAUUGUUUGUAAUUUGUUGUGAAUCAUCAAUCAAUAAAUAUAUAAUAAUUAUUAAUUUGGUAUUAAGAAAUAUAAGUUAUUUAGAAAUGAGUAUUUGUAAAUUAAAUUUUAAUUUAAUAGUUUUAAAUUCAACAGGUUAUAAUUAAAAGCCUUAAUCACUAUAAAUGAAAGUAUUGAUUGUACAAAGGUAUGUUUCUUUUUAAAUUUUUUAUGUCUAACAUCAGGUUUGUUAAAAAAAAUGUAUGUAUAAA